AUGGACCAGUCGGGAGUGGCGGGAUCGGGACGGAGAUAUUCUGCUCGCCGGAUAUUUUGGUCCUCACUUGAUUGUCAGCUGUUUUGCGUAUUGAACACUUGGCCUCCUUAUCUUAUUAUUCGCUCGCACCACGACCACCGCCAACAGCUGCAGCAGGCUCGUAUUCGACGUGCGACGAUAUUGUUAAUAUUUCUGGCCGAGAGGAUCGAGGAAAAAGAUUGUGUGCAAUUCGGAGAGGAAAAUUUCGGACCUAACCUAACCCUCGGUCGCUCUACAUUAUAUGCACAAGUGCACAACACGACAUUUAUUAUUCAACUAUUGAUAUUUAUCGUCGAUCGAUGGUCGGAAAAGUCGCGUGUGUCGCAAUUAAAUAAAACUACUGUCGUCUGGUCGAAAUACAAUUUUCAAUGCCACCACUUCAACUACUGGCACAGUUGUACUGCGCUUAGGUAUUCGAAUGCUCGAUAA